CAGCGCCGUCGCUCGUCGUAACGCCUACCGCGAGGUGAUCCCGCUGCUGCCGGAGAACCUGGGUCGGCUGGCGUUCUUCCCUCUGGACCUGCCUCGCUGGCGGCUGCUGCACGGGUUGCCGGCGCUGCUGUGGCGGGUGGAGGGGCUGGCGGCGGCGGAGGAGCUGCUGAGGGAGAGGCUGAAGCCAGCCGGGUUCGCGCCCUAUCUGCCGCAGCUGUCGCCGUCACAGCACCAGCAGCAAGAACAGGUGGGCCAGGGGGGUGGGCAGAGCCAGUGGGAGGAGGAGCACGAGGAGGGCAGCUGCACCCCACCAGCACCACCACCAUCGUCACCACCAGCAGCAGCAGCAGCGGAGCAAGCGGAGCUGCUGCUCGCUGCAACCGCCACCUGCAUCCCCGCGGCCCGCGACCCGUGGUUCAACAACGACC